CCUCUAAGAGGGGGAUUUUACAAGUCUCUCUGAAACCAGAGGAGAGGACAGAUUUGGGGGGGGUCCCCUCUGAGUGGUUCCCCACCAAAGAGAAUUUCUCCACUUUGGAGGAAGUGGGAGGUAGUUCUCCUUUUGAGAUGUGAAUGUCAAGUGACUCCGGGCACCCCGGUGACUAAGAGGUAAGUAAGUGAGGCUUGUGGGUGGAGCCAGCAUCUUAAAUAGCAGGUCUUCCUAUGUCCCUUUGCAGACACCUGGGCUGAGACAUACAGGACAGAGCAUGGCUCGCCUACAGACUGUGUUCCUGGGUGUCCUCAUCCUCCUUGCUGUGGCGCUUCAAGCAACUGAGGCAGGCCCCUACGGCGCCAACAUGGAAGACAGCGUCUGCUGCCGUGAUUACGUCCGUUACCGUAUGCCCCUGCGUGUGGUGAAACACUUCUACUGGACCUCAGACUCCUGCCCGAGGCCUGGCGUGGUGUGA